GCCAGGAACGGCUUUGAAUCGAGCCAUCAAAGCGGCCAAGCUUACUAGUAAAGAACUUAUGGCAACAAUUAGACAAAGAAGGAUUGAUCUUCAAGGGCAUGAUUUGUCUUCAAGGAAGGAUUUCAUGUCAACCAUGCUUCUGGCAAAAGAUGAAAAUGGUCAGGCAUUUUGUGACGAAGACGUUGCUAGCCAUUUGGCUGGCUUGUUACUGGCAAGUUUCUCAACCAUGCAUAGCACAAUUACUAGCAUCAUGAAGUAUCUUGCAGAGCUUCCGGAUGUGUACGAUUCUGUCUUUAGAGAACAAAAUGAAAUUUUAGAUGUAAAACCAAAAGGAGACCACCUUACUUGGGAGGAUAUACAGAAGAUGAAGUACUCUUGGAGUGUUGCUAGUGAAGUCUUGAGGAUAUCGACGCCAGGGUUUGGCGGGUUUAGAGAGGCUAUCACUGAUUUCACCUAUGAAGGGUUCACAGUACCAAAAGGCUCCAAGAUUUUCUGGACUUUUGACGCCACACACAAGAAUCCAAAAUACUUUCCUGAUCCUGAGAAGUUUGAGCCAUCAAGGUUUCAAGGAAACGGUCCAGCACCUUAUGCAUUUGUGCCAUUCGGGGGAGGACCACGCAUGUGUCCUGGAAAUGAGUAUGCUCGGGUGGUGAUACUUGUUUUCAUGCACAAUGUGGUGACAAAGUUUAGAUGGGAGAAAUUGAUUCCGGGCGAGAAUAUGAUAUAUUAUCCUGCUCCCAGGCCAGCUCGAGGGCUUCCAGUCAUUCUACAUCCUAACAAGCCUUGAAUUCUCCUAUUCAUUUUUGGUUCUUUGUUAAUACUUAAUGGAGCUACACUGCAAUCUUCCUGUCCUGUAAGUCAAAUA